AUGUCUCUCUCUCUCUUCUCUCUCUCUCUCUCUCUCUCUCUCUCUCUCUCUCUCUCUCACUCACUCACUCACUCACUGGUCCACCCCACAACUAUUCUCUUUCUAAUCCAUGCUCUACGCAGACAACAGUGGCCGGUAAUCCAAGCAGGGACCCUCGAGUCCUUUGCUGCUACAUCCUAUUACUUGCUUCAUUCUCCGUUUUCUUUGGAUACAGGAUCGAACGUUGACCUUGAUGUGCUAACUACUCUUUAUUACAUAACUUGCCACCGUGACACUGGAAGCCGUUUAACCGGAAUAGUCAUUACUAAAAUAACUAAACCAAAUCCCCCCGCCCAACUACCAGCAACCGUGAGCCCCACCAGCACCUCGUCUUCCGUUAUGGAGACUAUUUUCAUAACGGUUGCUACAGAGCUCUCCCUCCAAUAUCUAUCUGUGUCUUUCUGUGUCUCUCCUUCGUAUAUCUGUCUUUCUGAGUCUCUUCUUCCAAUAUCUAUCUGCGUCACUUUUUUCUCUCCUUCCAAUAUCUAUCUGUGUCUUUCAGAGUCUCUCCUUCCAAUAUUUAUCUGUGUCUUUCAGAGUCUCUCCUUCCAAUAUCUCUCUAUGUCAUUUUGCGUCUCUCCUUCCAAUAUCUAUCUGUGUCAAUUUGUGUCUCUCCUUCCAAUAUAUCUAUGUCAUUUUGUAUCUCUCCUUCCAAUAUCUAUCUGCGUCACUUUUUGUCUCUCCUUCCAAUAUCUAUCUGUCUCGAUUUGUGUCUCUCCUUCCAAUAUCUCUCUAUGCUAUUUUGUGUCUCUCCUUCCAAUAUCUAUCUUUCUGAGUCUCUCCUUACAAUAUCCACCUGUGUCAGUUUGUGGCUCUCUUUCCUGUAUCUGUGUCUUUCGUUGUCUCUCCUUCGAAUAUCUAUCUGUGUCAUUUUGUGUCUCUCCUUCUAAUAACUGUCCGUGUCUUUCUGUGUCUCUCCUUACAAUAUCUGUUUGUAUCUUCCUUUUAGAUUCCACAUGA